GUAAUCUUUCCAAACUCAUCCACUCUUAUGUAAUUUACGAUACAACAAUCGCUAGCAAGAGAGAGAUGAAGUCGACGAUGCUUCCGUGGAAGACGAGGCUCUUAAUCUAUGUCUUCUCAUUCAUUACAAGAGCUGCCUGUCGCGCUGACGGUACCGUCAACCGCCGUCUACUCAGCGUCCUUGAUCUACUAAACCCUCGGCCCAAUGGAAAACCAGUUCACGGCGUUAGGACCGCCGACAUAACGGUGGACCCCUCCCGGAGCCUCUGGUUCCGCCUCUUCGUCCCAACCGAGAAAGUUGCCAGCAACGGUAGCGGCCUCCCGGUGAUCGUAUUCUUCCACGGCGGCGGAUUCGUCUUGCUCAGUGCUGACGCGAAGAACUACGACAUUCUCUGCCGCCAGUUCGCUCGGAAGAUGCCCGCUGUUGUGGUGUCCGUCAACUAUCGGCUUUCACCGGAAAACCGCUUCCCGGCUCCCUAUGACGACGGCUUCGACGUUCUUAAGUUCCUUGACAGUCGGAAGCUCGAAGCCAUUCCGGCGAAUGCCGAUCUUUCUCGGUGCUUCCUUGCGGGAGACAGCGCCGGAGCCAACUUGGCACAUCAUGUAGCAUGCCGAGCCGGCAAAGAAGUUGCGCUUCGGGAGGUGAAACUGGUUGGACUGAUAUCGAUCCAACCGUUCUUUGGUGGAGAGGAGCGGACCGAGUCCGAGAUCCGAUUCAGAGCCGAUCGGCUGGUUUCGAUGGACCGAACGGACUGGUUGUGGAAGGCUUUUCUGCCGGAGGGCUCGAACCGGGACCAUGAGGCGGCGAAUGUUUCGGCACCGAAAACUGCCGAUAUUUCGGAAUUGGAUUACCCCGCUACGUUAGUGUGUGUCGGUGGGUUGGAUCCGCUACAAGACUGGCAGAGAAGAUACUACCAAUGGCUGAAGAGUUCCGGCAAAGAAGUGAGCAUGAUCGAGUACCCAAAUGCGAUUCAUGGCUUCUUGGUAUUCCCAGAACUACCCGAAACUUCUCUGUUACUUGAAAAUAUGAGGGAAUACAUUCAAAAUCAAUGCCGUAGAAAUAAUGUUAAUUAGUGUUGAAUAAACAGAGGACAGAAAAAUAAUUUUCGUUUC